AUGAUGGUCAUGGAGGCUAAGACUGCGGCUUUUAGUCAUCUAUACGAGGAUCUAGGGGCCAAAGGCGGGGAGAAGAAAUUAUUACGGCUGGCUAAGGCAAGGAAGAGGAAGGCGCGGGAUCUGGAUCAAGUGAGGGGACCAGGAUAUUGUGCUAGGCGAGAUGGGAGUUCCGAGAGCCACCGCGAUAUUAGGUACUGUAGACGCAUCAAGGUUGGGGAGGUCGUGGGAGCUAUGCGAAAGAUAAGCAGGGGCAGAGCUACCGGGCUUGACGAGAUUCCAAUAGAAUUUUGGAGGUGUGCGGGUAAAGCAGGUCUGGAGUGGCUGACAGGGUUGUUUAAUGAUAUUUUCAGGACGAAGAGGAUGCCGGACGAGUGGAGGUGGAGUACGGUGGUUCCGUUGUACAAGAAAAAAGGUGACAUCCAGAGUUGCAAUAAUUAUAUGGGUAUCAAACUAUUGAGUCAUACCAUGAAAGUGUGGGAGAGGGUAGUAGAAGCGAGGGUGAGGAAGACGGUGUCUGUAUCAGACAACCAGUUCGGGCUCAUGCCGGCGUAUGACAAGGUUCCUAGAGAGGUUCUUUGGAGAUGCCUAGAGGCUAAAGGUGUGUCGGUUGCUUACAUUAGGGCGAUUAAGGACAUGUAUGAUGGAGCUAAGACUCGGGUUAGGAUAAUGGGAGGCGACUCCGAGCAUUUUUCGGUUGUUAUGGGGUUACACCAAGGAUCUGCGCUUAGCCCAUUCCUGUUUGCUCUGGUGAUGGAUGCACUGACACACCAUGUUCAAGGAGAGGUGCCAUGGUGUAUGUUACUCACUGAUGACAUUAUUCAGAUUGACGAGAUGCGGAGUGGCGUUAACGAGAGGCUGGAGGAUCUGAGGCAGGUGCAUCUAGAUAUCAGUAUGGCAUGCACGCUUGAUUACCACUUGAGGCUUCACGUUGAGAUGCCUUCUGAGCCCGAUCUGCAGCAAUCGGAGUCUUUCUUUUGA